AUGGAGAAGACAGAGAACAAAGGGGAGUACCAAGUCAUCGAAAUUCCUAAAUCCGGCGCUCAUGAUCAGAAAUCUACGCCUCCCAGAGGAAAAGAGAUCGCUAAUAAUGGCGAAAUCAUUGAAACGCGGGAACCUGACGGCCGAGGGUCAUCUUCUCGCCAUCCCACUUUGGCCCUCCUGCAAAGCCGCUUGUUAUCAAUUAGUAGGCCGCGAGGGAUUUACACCUCCACCAGCAAUCACUCGGCCUCCAUAUACCGAGUCCCCAAAAUCCUCGCCGGAAUGAGUACCCGAGCCGUGGAGCCGGAGAUUGUGUCCGUAGGGCCCUAUCACCGCGGCAAAGAGCACCUGAUGGCUUUCGAGAAAAACAAAUUGCAGCAUCUCAAUUCCUUCCUUUCCCGAGAAGGAGAGAAAGGGGAUCACUUUUUGCAGCAGUUAAUUGAGGCAAUGGAGGAGGAAGAGAGCCGAGCAAGAGAGUGCUACUCCGAGGCCGUUGAUAUGUCAAGCGAGGAUUUUGUCAUGAUGAUGGUGAUCGAUUGUUGCUUCAUUCUAGAGCUCUUUCUUCAAUUUGGAGACAUUACUGCAGUACACUCUGAAAAUGACGGCAACUUGGUGUCCAUGAUCACCACGCCAUGGUUGCUUCCCAUCAUCUCUAGAGACCUUCUCAAGCUUGAAAACCAGAUUCCCUUCUUCCUUCUUCGGAAGCUAUUUGAUCUCUUAACACCGGACCCCCAAAAUCGCGAGAAUUAUCUAGACUCGGCGAUAAUUCUAUCAAAGAGGGCCUUGAUAUUCUUUAGCCUUUUCCGGCCCCUGGCGACGAAGCAGUCGGUGAAACAAAGUUACUUAGCUGAGCCCAAGCAUCUUCUCCAGUUGUUCCGCUCUAGCAAAGUCCUUUCGUUGAGAGCAAUAUUAUCUUAUAAUUACAACCCGUCUUCCAUUCAGCCAAUGCAAUGUGUCCGACAGCUUUGGUCUUCCGGUGUAAAGUUCAGGCCCCGCCGUGAAAUCAACGGAAAGGCUGUUAGCUUCUUGGACAUAACCUUCAACGAGCACAAUAGGGUGCUGGAAAUCCCAACCAUACACAUCGAUGAUCUGACAAACACCAUCUUGAUUAACUGUAUGGCCUUCGAACGGGGCCACUCCCACAUCGAACCUCACUUCUCUGCUUACAUCGCCUUCUUGAGUUGUCUCAUCAAGUCAGCUAGAGACGUCGCCUUACUCUCUAGCUGCGGGAUCAUCAUCAAUUCCUCUCAAAGUGACCAACAAGUUGCUGAGUUUUUCCGACAACUGGAAGAGAAGGCCGUGGUAUACACGCAAAACUGUUACCUCUCCUCGGUGUUCAGGAAAGUGGAGGACUACUAUUCCAGCAACCUGGCCAAGCUUAGGCGCACGUACUUCCGUCGACCAUGGACAUUCAUCUCCGUUGUAUCCGCUGCCGCUUUGCUUAUUCUUACAGCUAUACAGACAUACGCCGCCGUUUCCAAGCAGUAG